AGUCCUUUUGUGCGUGUGUUGGUAGUCAGAAAUAUGUGGGUACUUAUGAGUUCGGUGUCUCUGCAGCCCUGGUUCUGAUGACCGUCCCCAAAUAGUGUUUGAGAGACAAGAGAAUAAGCACCCAAGAAGGAAAAGUGCACUGCAAAAGAAAGAUCCUCGUUUUGGCACUGAGUUUAUGAAGUAGAAGGGUGAAUGUGAUUUACAGUAAACAAGUGCACUGGCCGUCUGGUGAUCUAGGUGCCAGAUAGUAGGCAACCUCUCUAGUCUGAAUAUGGCAGGAACCAGGCAUUCAGCAUUCUAAGAUAAAUUUUACUCUGUACAUGUGUGUGCGCAUGCACGCGUGUACGGUUCAUCUAGCAGUUAAAGUAACAUUGGACAAUUCCUUGGUCUGCAUCCAUGUAUAAGUCAUUAUGUAGAUCCCAAACUCCAAAGCGCCGAAGUGGUUACAUAUCUAACUAUAAGAGUGAUGCCACUGCUUUUGGACAUGCCUUGAAAUAUUUGCAGGUUGGGUAUAGUGAUAAAUUCUAGGAUUAGAUUGAACAUUAAUUUGUGUUUGAGGCAAGGAUUUCUUAGGGUGACAUCUCUUACUGAACCAACUAUGUAGUUGGGGUAAAGUUAGACAAGCUUUUGAGCGCAAGACAUUCUUUCUCAGGUCUCUGAUCUGUAUUUCAGAACAUGUUUGAGUUCACUUUCUUUAACGCUUUUACUCUGUGUAUCAAAGUUCUGAUGACUGGACUGAGCAUAUUCGUAAGGGUGUUAAGGAUCCUGACUGACAUGUUUCUACCUCAUAUUGACCUUUCAGAAUUAGAGCAAACAUUUUUCUCCAAAGUAUUACCAAAGGCUAUUCAAUUAUUUGAUGAUUUGAUGCAUGAAUUAGCCAAGCAGGCAAAAGGAUUAACAAGCCAGAAUGCAGAAUUACGCACAGUACUAAGGAAUAUUUUACAGACCCUGGUGCAGCUGUUGGGAACUCUGACCAGUUGUGUACGGCAUGUCUGUACUCUUGAGGAGUCUGUGCCCCUAGAGAGUAUCCGUACCCUUCCCUCUUCCAUUCUCUACGUGAUCAAGAACAUGUUCGUGCACUGCAAGAACAGUGAAUCAGUGUACAGUGGGUGCCUGCAUUUGAUAUCUGACCUUCUCCAGUCUCUGUUUAAGGAUACCUAUUGUCUUCAAAAACAGCUUAUGGAACUGCUUGAUAUGAUCUCUAUGGAAUCUGCUACCACAGAAGACAGUGUUGUAAAUAUGGUGUCAGUGAUCCACACUGUACUGGAGAUCUGUUCUGUCAUUUCCAAUAUGGACCAUGCUCUUCAUGCCAACACAUGGAAGUUCAUAAUCAAGCAAAGCCUCAAGCAUCAUUCCUUACUGCAGAACCAUUUGAAACACACUGACAUCCUCAAUAGCCUGUGCAAGGACACCCUCUUCUCUUUCCAUUCCAGUUUGCAACUUGCUGAACAAAUGAAGCUUUCAGAGGUGCAGGAGGACAUAGACUACAAGUUGUUCCAGAGGACAGUCAAACUGUGUAGAUUCUUUGCUAAUUCCCUUGUACACUACACCAAGGAAUUUAUUCCCUUCCUCUCUGGUUCUUGCUGUCAGUUACACCAGCUGUAUCUUCAGAUAUAUAGCAAGUUUCCUCCCAGUCUAUAUGCUCCAGUGAUAUCAGAGGCCCAUCGAGAUGAAAUAGCCAGGGUUUUUCUAGUAGCUCUGGAUCCUCUCAUCUACCAGCUUCUUUCUUUCAGGGCUUUCUCGGAACAGGUGUUAAGUGAAAAAUUAGAUCUUUCUCCUGAGUUGCAGCUUCCUCAGUGUCAUCUUCUGGUUAGCAUAAUGGAGAAGCUGGCCACUCAGCCUGAAGAGGUGCGAACUCUGUGGAGCUCAGGAAGCCAGUCGGCAGAAGAGAUUCCAAGGUUGUCAUUGUUCUCAGCCCUUUUCCUUAGUUUCCAGCAGUGUUCCGGUGAGCUCGCUCUUCCUGUCUGUUUGCCUGGAGUGUUAAGUACAGGGCAGCCUGAGGUUCCUGUCACCUUGUAUCACCACGUUUGUGUCCAUCUGUGUGCCUUCAUUGCAGCUGUGUUGCCUUCACACUUUCCUCAACUGGAGUAUGCUCUGCUUGAUGCUGUCCUUGGUUCUAGUAUGAUCACCUCCCUGCUGGCUAUGGAUUCAUGGUGUUUCCUAGCUCGGUAUGGAACAGCGGAACUUUGUGCUCACCAUGUUUUUGUGAUAGCCCAUUUGAUAAAGUCUUGCCCUAGUGAGUGUUACCAGCUCUCUAUCUUGGGUGUCCUCCUGAGGCGUAUGCUGUUUUUGAUGGCUCCAGACCACCAGGUGGAAUUUACCCAAAAAUUUCCUCCCACAGAACUGGAAAACCUGCCUGUCUGGCAGCUUAUUUCUCUCAAGGCCCUUGCUCCUGAUACAAUGAAACAUGUGGUGAACCAGCUCUGUGAGGUAGGGCUUGUGCAGUGCAGGCAGUGGCUGAGUGGCAGGCGCACACUGGGAGAGCUCCCACCUGUGAAUAUUGCUCUCUCCGCCUUGCUGACUGUGUGUAAUUCUGCUGGUGGUGUUCUGGAGGCAGGACAGCAGGCAGCCAUCUUGGGAAUUAUUGGUCAGGUCUGGGAUGUCCUCCAGGUCAAGCAGGUCUCGAGUCAACAGUGUCUCCAGCAGACACUCUGCUUACUGCUUCAGCUGCUGCAAUUUUUCAGCUUGAUGUUAGAUCCUCAACUGAUGAUUCAGGUAUUUGCACUGCAAACUUCCCUCGUUCAGUUGGAUCCUCCAGAUCACAUUCGGUUGGCAGCACUGGAUUUUCUUUCAUCUCUGGGAAAACUGUUUAUACCCCAAGUAAUCCAGGGACAAGUUGUGUCCAAGCUGUCGGGUCUCUUUGGCUCUCUGUUGGCUGACAAGACGUGGCUGAUUCACCAACAUGCACUGGAGGCAUUUGCUCAAUUUGCAGAGGAAACAAGCCAUGAAGACAUAGUUCCUCAGUGCCUUAAUUCUGAAGACAGUAAGAACAAAGUUGUUUGCUUUCUGGCCAAGACAAGGCAGGUGGAAGAGAUGGCAGAAGCAAGGGCAGAAAGAAUGAAACAAGAAAAUGCGGUUUGCAAUAGAUACUUUCAGAAAAUGAAAAUGGAUGGUGACCUGGGGUCAGUAUUAGAGCCUUCAGCAAAGAGAGCUUGUCAUUCACCCUCCGAGGAGCAGUAUAAGUCAGCAAUAGGCACAGCAGAGGGGGCACUGGAAGCUGUGAAGUUGCUGCUGCAGAAAGGACCACCACCUGCUUGGCUUACAGUGAAAUUAGAGGCUCUACAGGCAGCUCUAGCCAGCUUAAGAGACCAUGUGGUAAGAAACUGAAAUGUGUUUAGACAUUAAACUGCACAGCUGGCAGAGACAGUGCCACACCAAGAUCCCAGCUGAAAAAACAAACAAUCUAAGAAGGAGUUACUGUGGUGAUAAACUGGUACAGAUUAAAUGUUUCUUCAGUUUGUCCUCUGUUAAAUUGCCUCAUUAGUGUUAAGGGGUGGUGACCUGCCUUCCACAUUCGUUGGCUAAACAGGCUAACCUAUUCUUGUGUUGUGUGAAGGAGCUUAUGUUUCAUGCUGUUGGUUGCAUAUAGAAGACAGUGUUUUAACUGCUGCAAAUUGAACUGACAAGUUUAAUAAGGUUGUCUUCAGUGUAAUAAGGUGUAUGAAUUUUUUGUAAGAGAAAAUUAAUGGCUACAGCAGUUGCCCUGCUAUGUGUACAGGUAGAGGGUGGUGACACUUUUUUAAAUUAAAUUGUUAACAAUGUGUGUGUGAACACUGAAUGUUUUCAAAUGUAUAACUUAAGGUUUCAUUACCUCAGAGAAUACAUACCUUAGCUGCUGUUCCACUCCAACAUUCAUCUUUUGAAAAUACUCUUUAUUGGUCAGGUUUAAAGAGGAGUGGAUUUUGAGCUGCGAUACAGUUUGUAUCAAACACUCCCUCCAUUAACAGUCUCCUAGCAGCACAGCAUGUAAACAGAAAUAAACAGGUCAUCCAGGUACCCAGUAGAGUCAGUCUAAAAUGAUUGCCUUUUGUACCUGAAAAGUCAAAGCCUUUUUCUCCAAAAAAAGAAAAAGUGGUACAAACAGGAACAAUUUAGCUCAAUUAAUUCAAUUUUCAUUUAUUUUCAAGAGUUUUCCAAAGCACUGAUGAUUCCUGGAACAUAAGGAUAAAUUCCCUCUCCUCCUCCAGUAGUGUGUUGGUACCAUUACACAGACCCUUGACACUGUUCUUCCCACAGCAGUGCUAUGCACCUUCCUUGUACAUAUGGCUUGAGCACAGGCCUUAACCUCACUAUUUUGGCACAGGCUGG